AUGCCCCUCCUGGAUACCACUGGGCAAUACGGGGACGAGACAACGCUCACUUCCCCGAGACGUAGCUGGGUUUCCAUAGCCGCCUUUCUUUCCGGAUCGAAGGUAAGCUCUGAUUUUAAUCAAAAUACCUCCACGCUUACUUCUUCUGCGGGAGCGUCUCCUCCGGGGCGAACCAAAAGGACGUACCAGGCGGUGAAGCUGCUGUACUGCUUUGGGAUCUUCAUCACGUUCGCGCUGCAGUUCUACGUCCCCGCUGAGAUCCUGAUCCCGCCGCUCACGGCUCGAGUCCCGGAGCGUUGGGAGCGUCCGGUCGACCUGCUCAUGAGGACGGCUCUGGUCUUCGUCACAUGUGCCCUGGCCGUGCUGAUCCCGGAGCUGGACCUGGUCAUCUCCCUGGUGGGCUCGGUCAGCAGCAGCUUCCUGGCGCUGGUGUUCCCGCCGCUGCUGCAGCUGAGCGUGUUCCACAGCGAAGGCCUCUCUCCCCUCGUCUUCGUCAAGAACCUGGUGAUCAGCGUCUUGGGCUUCGUGGGCUUCAUGGCCGGGACUUACAUCGCCAUCGAGCAGAUCAUUGCCAGGAACAGCCUGAAAGCCACGCAGGCCACAGCCGCCUACAUGGUGCAGUAG